GCGAAUUACUUUCACAAAUUUAGUCAGUACUAUAGACAAAAUGAAGGAGUUAACAUUAGUUUUGGUAGUUGUAGGUUGUGUUGGUAUUUCAGGAUAUCUUUUUAAAGUUCCUACUUCUCCAUCAAGGACUGCAACUAUAGGUUCCAGAGGAUGGGUACACAUACAAAAGCUGAUGGUGCCAUUAUUUGAUAAUGUCUGUGAGGAAAGCACUAAUCCCAUUAUUGUGAGACUCGCUCAAGAGUUCACAUGGGAUAGUGCUAAUUACACGGAUCCCAAUGUUAUAACUAAAUUUAGAAGUGUUCAAGACGCAGGUUUAUUGUCAAAAGGAGAAAUAUUCUCUGACUACGACAACAGACAUUGGGCUGAACUAGAAGCAAUUUUUAACGUUAUGUACAAUGCUAAAGACUUCGAUACCUUCUACAAUGUCGCAGCAUGGGCCAGGCAAAACUUAAAUUGCGGAUCCUUUGUGAACGCCAUUUAUUUAGCACUUAUAAAUAGACGGGAUACUUCAAAAGUAUCAGUUCCCGCGCCUUAUGAAAUACUGCCUAAUUAUUUUGUCAUCAAAGAUGUAAUUAUAAAAGGGUCAAAUAUAUUGGCUGGUCAAGAUUAUACUCAAUUUACAAAUGUGAAGGAUGAAGGAAAUGCCUACGUAAUAGAUGCCAACUAUACUGCCAAUGUUGACGAUAAUGAAGAAGACUCUAAAUUAGCGUAUUUCCGUGAAGAUAUUGGCUUAAAUUCAUUCUAUUUCUUGCGAAAAUUGAAACUAGCUCCUUGGUUAAAUGCACCACUGGAUCCCAAUAACAAAUAUGGAGAAUCUAUGUAUCAAACGAUGAAACAAUUAGCAGCAAGAUAUGACUUAGAAAGAUAUGCCAAUGGCUUUCCGGAAUUAGAAAGUAUUGAUUGGGAUUCUGAUAUAAAAAUAUAUGAUCCCAUGUUAAUAUAUUCUAACGGAAAUGAAUUUGCGCACAGAAUGUUUAACAUAGAUGUUUCCGGUAGUAAUGAAAUUGAAUUAAUAAAAGGUAUUGAGAAUAACAUUGGUACCAUUGUUACUCAUAUGAGACAAAGCGGCUACCACAAAGGUCAGAUAUUGAACAAUUUAAUUGAAGUAUUAGUCACUAAUAACAAAAGUUAUGAGACCAUGGCUCGUCAUAUUUUAGGAAAUGAUAUCGAUGUAACAGCAAGACACUUUUCCGUCUUAGAUCAUCUGAUGACGACGCUGAGAGAUCCAGUUUUUUGGAGAUUAAACAAAAAGAUUGUUGACAUAAUUGACAGAGCCCUUUCUUUUCUUCCUGGAUAUACAAGAAAUGAACUUUAUUUUCCUGGAGUAGAAAUUCUUAACGUGGACACAAAGAAAAUGAUGACUCAGUUUGAUAACUUUCAAUUUGAUGUUACAGAGGCUUUAAAGACAAGUGAUAAAGAUUUGAAUUUUAAAUUAAAAAUUAAUCAGCCCAGGUUAAACCAUAAACCAUUCGUUAUUAAACUUAACGUUUCUUCACUUGUCACACAAAAAGGAUUAGUAAAAUUAUAUUUGGGACCUAAAAUGGCACCUGGAGAACUAUCUGCUAAUAAAAACCUUUUUGUCUUAUUGGACAUGUUUGAAAUAAAUCUUAAACGAGGUAGCAAUAUAAUAUCAAGAUCAUCUGAAGAAAUGAAAGGAUUUUCAAAUGACUUUGUUUCUCUUCCAAACUUACGUAAGAAAAUAGAAGAUGCGGAGUUUGGUUUAGAUUCACUACCUCUUAAUACUGUUGAGUCACAGAUUGGUUUCCCAGAUAGGUUAAUAUUGCCUAGAGGUACACCAGAAGGACUACCUAUAAGAAUAUUAGCAUUUGUUGCACCAUUUACAAAGGCAAAUGCAGUUGGCAUAGUAACUAAUUCAGAACUAAAUUCAGCUAUACUCUCACCUGGAUAUCCUCUAGACUUAGCUAUUGAAGAUCAUCAGCUACUUAAUUUACCAAAUUGUUUAGUUAAAGAUGUAAUAAUUACAGGAAAAGGAAGUCAAAAUGCCUUUGCUGGAGGUGAAAAUAAAAAAUAUGGUGGUGGUAAUGAACACUACGAUCCUUCGUCAAAACUCAAUUAUGGUGGAAGAAAUGGAGUAUAUAAUCAACAAGAUGAUGAAAUUUUAGAAUAUGGUGAAGACACUUUGCCCAUUGAAAAUAGGGGUUUAUUAUCUUUACGACCAGAUUUUACGAAGAGACCGGAAUCAGUUAAUAAUUAUAACUCAAAAAAAGGUCAAUAUGGAGGUUCCAAGAGACCUGAAUAUACUUAUAAAAAAACGAAGCCUUACGACUUUAGCUCAAAAAAUAAGCAAUAUGAUGGGAAAAAUUAUUCAUCGAUAAUAACAGAUAAUAAUAAUAACAGCUUAACAACAAUUAAAACUGAAGAAUUGCAACAGGUGGAUAAUAAGGAGGUAAUUUCUAGAAAUAACGAUGUUGGUGAUAAAUAUUCUUUGGUAUCAGAUAAAGUAACAGAUUAUAAGAAUUUAAUCAAUGAAGGAAAGAAGCGAUCUACGAUCUACGAUUACUUACUUCCUUCCACAGAGGACUAUUAUGACGAUAAAGUGUAUGAAUAAUGUUAAGAGAGAUAGUUUUUGUUAUUUAAAUAUAGAACGAUUAAAUAGAAUGUAUAAAAUAAACACUAUAUAAGAAUUAAAACAAAUA